AUGAAAAGAGUCAAAGUUUCGCACUCGCGCACGAGAUUCAUCCAUGUCCAACGGACUUGCCAAAAUAAGCAUAUUAAUGAAAUUCGGAACAUUGUACUAAGGGCCAAGUUGCCAUCUUCAACUUGCGAAGCGACAACCAAUUACGAUUCCAAGCCUUCUACAAAACCUAAAGAAAAAGCGCGAAUGAAUAAGCUGAAGACCACUACCUUUGAAAAGCUGCGCCUAAAAUAUAAUUGUGACUAUACUUCACCUACGCCUUCUCAACAAGGUUCGAUUAAUCACUUUUUCAACACAGCGAAAGUUACGUGGGAAUGGAGCGCAUCCAAAUUCUUAGACAUUCCUGGCGAAAAGUUGAGCCUUGACUUGGAAGCAAAAACCAUAGCAAUGAACGCGAAAGUGGAGGAAGAUAGACGGUUUAGUAGUUCGGUAAGUAUAGGCCUGCCUAAUACUUCUACUGAUCAUAUCUCGCAACCAACAUCGAUCAAUAAUAGAAAAUUUCCUGGAAAAACCAACGGCAUCCCAUUCGAAUUGAUCAAUGGGCUUCCUGAGGUUGCAUUUUUAGGAAGGUGCAAUGCAGGAAAAUCCACCCUUUUGAAUAAUCUUACAACUCAGUUCUCCCAGAUAAAGCUUAAUGAUUACGCUAAAGCGUCACGAAAAGCGGGUUUUACCAAAACUAUAAAUUGUUAUAAUGUAGGUAGAAGAUUUCGAAUCAUAGACACACCUGGAUAUGGAAUUAAAAGCACACAAGAACAGGGUAAAGUAACCAUGCAAUAUUUGCGAGAUAGAAAAGAGCUACGAAGAAGUUUCUUACUGAUUUCUGCUGAGCAAGGUUUUUCUCGUUUCGAUUCUCAAAUAAUUGAUUUUCUCACAACGUUUGGCAUACCAUUCGAGAUCGUUUUCACUAAGUUGGAUAAAGUACGGGACACGAGCAUGAUCGAAAGAAUAAUAGACGAGAGCAGAGUUCUUGAAUUGCCCACUCAGCCCCAAAUGAUAUUCCUUAAUUCUGUCACUAACAAGCAGUUCAAAAGAAGGUAUGGGAUUGGGCAAUUGAGAUGGGCAAUUUUACAAAGUUGCGGCCUGGCUUAUGAUAUCAAGCCUUCAAGGACUAAAUAA